AUGGCUGAUCUUAAUGGUGGUUCUUCGUCAAAGUUUCUUUUGGUUUCAAGAAAACAUGAGAAUUCGUAUUUCAAGUCGUUUGCUAGGAGGAAAGCUGAACUCAAAGGGCAUAAGAGGGUUAGGGUUGAUAGUGACUGUGUUGGUGUAAUAGAAGUUGUUAGUGGUAGUGAUGGUGAGGCAGAAGUUGGUUCUAAGUCAAAGGCAUCUCGGUCCGUGGGUGUCGUAGGAGAGGCGUCUGAUGUGGUUGUUAAUGUCGAGUGUGGGGUUGUUGAUAUGGAGAUUUCCUCGGAUGAUGAGGAUGUUCAGUUUAUUGCAGAGGUUCCUUGUCGAGUUACCGAGGAGGAACAACCAAAACCACCAGUGGUUCAUGAGGAAGUUCAGCCUGAUGUAGAAGAGCAACAGGAAGAUGAUGAGGAAGAAGAUGAGGAGGAAGAUGAGGAAGGAUAUGAGAAUCAGACACAUGACGAGGAAGAAAAAGAUGAAGUGGACGAGGAGAGUGAGCCUUAA